UCCGUGCGACUUGAACACACAGCACGAUAUGCGCGCGCGAUAUACGUCGUGAACUGGCGCCUUUUCGUUCUCACAGUAGGAGAGUAAACAGUUCCUUCGUAUAGUUCAUCCCCGACGGUGGUUCUUAGGUAACGCGAUAUAUCGGUGCCAAGAAUUGAUUGCGGAUAGACGAAUUAAGAAAAUAGGUUCUUGUGUGGAUUAAGGGUGAGAAGAGGAGAUUUAUUGUUAUUUCGAAGAAGGUGAAAGAAUGCAGGCGACUCCGAAUUGCCUCUUCGUACAAAAAGCGUCGCAUUCGAAGAUUCAAAGAGAGGAUUUCGGUUACUUUGGCGCAUCGCCGCGUUUGAGAAACUGGCGCUGCUGGUACUGAGGACGCUCCUUGGAGUAGCCCUUCUGUGUUGGACGUCGUAUCUAGACGAUCACAGGCUGUCGGAGCUGCGGAGGGGAAUUUCAGCGUCGACGCAACGCCGCAUCGUUGCGUGAUCGCCGCCGCUGUCGCCGCCGCCGCCGCAUUCGUGAUCCCCUUUCUUGGCUCGUACUUUUUUUUUCUAACGUCGCGAAUCCUCGUGGACAUCGUGUUCGCGGGCUGCUCCCGUCCUCGUCGUUCCUACUUUACUUCGUGCGGAACGACGAUUCGACUGGCGGUCGAGCGAGUGUGAAUUUCGUGUGAAGCACCGGGACAUGGAGGAUACCGAAGCCAAAACUAUCCUGGGGGUUCGGACGCCCGUCCUCGUGGUGCUCAGCUCCGUUGUAUUCGGCGGCCUUGUAUUCGCCAUAACCUACCUUACCAAUCGACUGGCUCGCUCCGCCAAACAUUCGGAUACACCGAAAAAUGAGUCAGAGGCUAAUCGCAAGUUAACGGAAAGUCGAAAUUCAACGAACGGCAGCGGAUGCGCUGGUGGUAAUUCCGGGACGAGCAACAAACGUGCCAAGAAUAAAAAGCGACGCGAAGCGCAACAGGAGUUCACCCACUCGUGGAUGGUCGGAGCAUUGAAGGGUCACACUGGUCCUGUCCUCGAUAUGAAUUUCUCUAGCAACGGCAAGUUCCUCGCAAGCUGUGCCGAAGAUUGCGGCUUGGUGCCGGAAGAGGAGGAGCUGCUGGACCUUGGCGGCGGAAGUAGCGGCGUGCGCGUCCGUUGCAGCAACGAGGGAACGGCUGCUAGUUCAUCGGCGAUCCGGACGACCGGGACCACGGCGAUGAAGCUGUCGACCAGGAAGAAAGCAUCUACGACGGCGACGGCAGGGACGACGACGACGACGAGGACGAGGAGCACGGCGCCGAGUGACGUCACCGAUGAGGCGUCAUCCACGAAGAAGCGCGAGGAUCGGGCCAUCCUGAGUCGUCGACAGCGCAAGAAUCGUACCAGGGCGCCACGGGAGCCACGUUCCGUUGAUGCUCAGGAAGGUGAGAACGAGCGGGAGCACGAGGAAUGCUACAAGGAGGAUGCACGGCGCAGCAGACACAGGAAUCAUCAUCAUCAUCAUCAUCAUCAUCAUCAUCAUUAUGAGAACAGCCCAGCAAGGAGCACGGACUCGAGUUCAAGCAGCAGCAGCAGCAGCUCCAGUUCUGCAGCCGAUGUCGCGUCUUCCGUAAAACUGUCAAACUCUAGGAGGAAUCAUCCUACCAAGGAGAUCGCAGUGCCGCGACGUAAGUGCGAGGACGUUGGCAACGAGAGCAAUACUCGCUUGUGCCUUGACGUCGAGGCUGACGUAGACGGUGACCUUGAUACCAACGUUCACGGUAGAUACAGUGUAUUUCGUGAUGAACUGUGUUAUCUUAGCGAUAGUGCACUGGCCUCUCUCUUCUUGAGAUACACACUCUCCGGCGAGCAGCUAGCGCAUCUUGGAUAUCCGGUGGAGUGCAGUCUCUUUCCAGGGUAUGCCAUCAUCAUCAAUCAUCGUGAGGAGUACACGCCCAACGUCAGGAGGUGUCAACGCUUGGACGUGAAUGCCAGAGAGUUCGUGCCCAAUGCGAGAUCCAAUUACAAUCAGCGAGAGUCUUGGAGCGACAGCGGAAACGGCAGUGGCAGCUCCGUCGAGAAUUCGGACCAGGAACCGGAUGGAUCGUCCGACAGUGAUAAGAGCUCGGAGAGCGACAAGAAUUCCGACAUCGUCGAGGCAUCUGCUCCGAGUCAUCGUGGGAAGGCUCAGGUCAACGAAGACUCCUCCGACAUCCUGGUUGUCGUCGACAGAACUUGCGCCAGGUGUUCGAAGAGCUUCUACGUGAAUCGUCAGGACGGCGAGUACCUGACGCACGAGAAGUGCGUCUAUCACUGGGGAAGAUUGCAGCAUGGAGCGGCGGGCACCAACAGCUGGUCUUGCUGCCGCGGAAGAGGAUCCACCAAAGGAUGCACCCAGGCGCCGCUUCACGUUUGGAAGGGCAUCACCACUGGGUACAACGGCCCUUUCGACGGGUACGUUCGCACGAAGCCGUGCAGCACCAGGCCACCUCACGGCAACUACGGCGUCUUCGCUCUUGACUGUGAAAUGUGCUUCACGAAGCGUGGCCUGGAGGCUGCCAAGGUCACUAUAGUGCGACUCGACGGCAGGGUCGUCUACGACACCCUGGUGAAACCCGAUCUGGAAGUGAUAGACUAUAACACCAGAUUCAGCGGGAUCACGGCCAAGGAUCUCUCGCGUGCCUCGAAAUCCUUGCGAGACGUCCAAGCUGAACUUCUGUCCUUCAUCCAUGCCGAAACCAUCCUGAUAGGUCAUGGCUUGGAGAAUGAUCUUCGUGCACUUCGCAUGGUCCACACCAACGUAAUCGAUACCUGCAUUACGUUUCCACACUUCAUGGGCUAUCCGUAUCGCUGCAGUCUCAAGACCCUGGCCAAGAGGAUACUCAACAGAGAGAUCCAGGUACGGGAGCACGACUCCGUCGAGGACGCCAGGACCGCGGCUGAUCUCAUGCUCAAGAGACUUCAGCAUGAUCUCCUUUAAGCUAUAGAUUUAGAGACUUAUUGAGACACGGAGAAUCGUAUGUUCUCCAGGAAGCUCGCGUUCUCGGACUUCCCUCAGUGUUCAGUUUCAAGUGAAAUCUGUGAUACGUUAUACAGUUAUAUAUUUACUAUGUAUAGUCCUGUAUAAUCCACCUGCAGACCACAUUCGCAUCCAAGUACGCUUAUCGCGACUCAUCGCUCACUUCUUCAUAUCAGGAAUCGUCGUCCUUCCGUUUCAUCGAGCUUAUCCACAUCACUUGUAUUAGUCGUUUUUCGUUCCUCGAACUCCAAGGUGAUCGGUUGGACUUGGGAAGAAGAAAGGAACACUUAAAGAAACUUACACCAAAGAGUUCACAAGGUUAAUUCAUGUAAUUCACGCGACAAGCUUAUGCACUGCUAUUUCGACCUCCUACAUUGUUAACUAGGAAUGGAUGUAAUUCGUUUUUACAAUGACAUCAUGCUCAUUAAACACAUCGAUUUUUUCAAUUAUAUUUAUCUACACGUUAAACACGUGUUUUUACGCACACCAUGAAAUCGUAUUUAUUCAGUUGCACAGCAGAAGCGAAGGAACGUCCUUGGAUGGGGGACAAAAAAAGAGAAAGAAAGUAAGAGAAAUUUCGAAUAGGAACCAGGUAUUGCAUUGCCCUGAAGAUGCGUUUACCUGCCUCUAGCCGAUGUUGCUCCAUGUACCCACGUGUUCUUGUAAUUCGCAAGAUGAAGAAGGACCUCCGGCUCUUACGAUCGUAUGUUUACGUAUACGUAUGUUUAGCGGGUCCAAAAAAAAUGGAGAACGCGAGCGGAAGGAAAUAAAACAUUUUUUUAAAGAAAAAGCGAAAGAGGAGAUCGAAGAGGAUACGGAGGAAUGUCACUGUUGGAAUGUAGAUUGCUCGGUGUUUUAAAAAUGUUUUUCUUUUUUGGCGACAGUCUUUCGACUGUUCAUGAGUGUUGCGCAAGAUUUUAGACUCAUUAAAUAUAUUCGAGGAUACUUAAGAGCGAUCACCGUCGAGAAUCCUUGAAGAUCCAGAGUCACUGUUGCAAUUACCUGUGUCCUUUUUUUUUUUGGGUUCCGUAACACCACGAGGCCCGCUAUUCGCAAAUUUCGGGUGCACUCUUGACCUUUUGUACAUUUGGGCUCGAUUACUCAUUUUCAAGGAAAUCUCAUUUGAUUCGUAGGAAUGAAGCCUUUACGUUUUUCUACCCACGAGCGAUUCCUCAGGGCGAGAUUUUUCUAACCAGAAUUUAGUUUGUACAAGUAUUUAUAUUUUUUCUCUCUUUUUUUUUUUUUUUUUUUUUUUUUUUUUUUUUUUUUUUUUUCAUUAAGGGUGUAUAUAUUUUUUAUACUUAUCGUAGCUCCGAGCGUACGCGAUAAUCAUGGACGGCGAUGCCCGCUGCUAUUUGGUGGGAUCUGCCAUUUCGCGACGGAGGAAGUACUUACAAAAAAUUUUCCUUUUGACAAAAGUACCUGUCGCCUAAUCAUGGCGUAAGUUUGUUCCGUGUUGAAUUUUUUUGUAAAGAAUACAACGGGCGGUCGUUCAUACAAUACGUAAUGAUAAACGGGUGGAGAGAAGGGUCUCGCAAUGAAUCGCGAGUGUAUAAACAUGGGCUGCUGAAAAACUAGGCUAGUCAUUCGCUGCCACGUGUAAGGUAACGGCGAGCCGUACGCGAAAAAAAAAACUAUAAUAAUAACAUUAUUGUAUAGAACCUCGUGACAUAUUAAUUAUAUUUUGUUCCCCCCCCCACCCCCUCUACUUACAUGUAUACUUGUUUCCUCACGCGUCAGACUCUUCUUCUUUCUAGAACUAUAUUUUAUUGUAAUAGAAAAAAAAAGAUGCUGGCUCGAAAUCCUGGCUCGCUAAACCAACAAAGAAACCGAUUAAUUUCUAAGGACAAUUUAGGAUUAACUUAAUCAUUUAAGUUUUUGUAAUCGAUAAUACUCGGCCUAGGCGCCAUUGGUGGUAACAGGACGGUACCCACGGGGGUUAAAUUGAAUCCUUUGAAACGAUCUGUACGAUUUAAAGGAUUAAAGUGGAACGAAGCUAUUCGAAGGAUUUCUAUGUCUUGGAAGACCUUCGAAUCCCUUUUUGUACGAUAAUCUCAGUGUUAAGGACUUAAUUAAGAUAAAAAGAGAUGUACGUAAUAGGUAUGGCUGACGUACGUACGAAAGCGUGUUGAUUAAUAUACGAGUUUAUCUUUGCGGGAUCGACGAUCACUGAAAGAUAAAAUACGAUAAGCUCGAUUAGAAUAGAAAUUAGACAUAAGUCCUGUGAGAAUGGAGGAGUGUGGCAGGUUUUGCGAUGAAAGAAAAUUCAGAUGGAAAAAUUAUUGCAGCGUGAUUUAUUAUUGCGUCAUAUUCAAGAUACACAUAACCUACAGAACGUUCUUUACGUAUACUUUUACCCAAGGAAAACUUUCUCUCCGGAGAUUUUAGAGACCUUACGGCCAUUUCUGUAUCUAUGUGGAAGACUUGACGGAUAUCCUAUACACGGACCUCCUGGCAGUGAUUUAUAAAAUUAUGACGUCUACCGAAACGAUAAUUCGAUUAGAUAACUCGAGCAGGCCUAUGGUGAUUCGUAAAUAAAUAAUUCGUUGGUCGUAAACGUUGACGAGAGGACUGUUUAUAAAGAAAAAAAUUGGCUGUUAUGGCAAUACAUAAAUUAUUCUUGUUAUACGAAAAAGCAAUACGGUGCCUGCCGAUUAAAUUAGACGAUUUUACUACGAAUAACGACCUUAUUAUUCUAAUGUGUAUUCGAGACACUGAUAUCUGUUGAAUAAAUGUUUUCUUUUGCCGUUUUUUGGUAAUGAUGCUACUUUCUACGUAUGCAGUGCAUGUUAAGAUAAAGAGUGACUGGAUGGGAGAGAAUGUUGACCAGAGAAUGACAAAUAAUUGUGGAUUUUCCUUUUCUUUUCGUUAGUGAAUUAUUUAAGGAUGCGUUCUGCUGAGAUUUAUGUUAUUUAAGCGUCUUUGGAAUACUUGUAUAGUGGCCAGGCUCAUUUUGUGAACCCCUGAAUGCCUUGUUACUGUUGAUAUUCAAAUAUGGCGAUUCGACGUAGAUUGGAGCGUCGAAUUUCACAUAACGUGGCUGUCGCCUGUCAACGCUAUACCAAUACACUUUUUUUUUACGUAA